GAAAAGAAAGAAAAAGACUAAAUUGAGUCUUCACUUCCUUCAUUUAAGCUUCUCCUCCCUCUCUCCCUCCCUCCCUCCCUCUCUAAACGCAAAAUCUAAUUUCUAAACCCUAGAAAUUAUUAGCAAAUCGUUUAUGUUUACGUCGAACACAUAAUCUGUGAUUAGAUUUCUAGAUUGAAGAUCAAGAUUGUAGCUAGUGAUUCGAUUGCAUUCGGAAGUAAUCACAGAAAUCCCAAGAUCUGGAACUUACUCUCUCUCUAGGACAACAUUAGCAUUUUCAAAAUGCCAUCUGAACAUCCCUCAAAUGAUUCAGCAGUGAUGAAUUCAUGCAACGGAGAUGAUGUUCACCACCCUGUUGAUAAUGGAAACAAAAAGGUGUUUAAGAUCUUUGUCGGAUACGAUCCACGUGAAGAUCUUGCUUAUGAGGUUUGUAAACACUCGAUCUUGAAACGAGCUUCAAUUCCUGUUGAAGUAAUUCCUAUUAAACAAUCAGAUCUAAGGACUAGUGGUUUGUAUUGGCGCGAAAGAGGUCCAACUGAAAGUACAGAAUUUUCAUUCUCUCGUUUCUUAACACCGUAUCUCGCAAAUUAUGAAGGAUGGGCAAUGUUUGUCGAUUGUGAUUUUUUAUAUACUACAGAUAUUAAAGAAUUAACUGAGCUUAUCGAUGAUAGUUACGCGCUAAUGUGUGUUCAACAUGAUUAUACCCCAAAGGAAAGUACUAAAAUGGAUGGAGCUGUUCAAACUGUGUACCCAAGAAAGAACUGGUCUUCAAUGGUUUUGUAUAAUUGUGGUCAUUCAAAAAAUAAGAUUUUGACGCCUGAACUGGUGAAUACCCAAACAGGUGCUUUUCUUCAUCGCUUCACUUGGCUUGAAGAUAGUGAAAUUGGAUCAGUCCCUUUUAUUUGGAAUUUUCUCGUGGGUCAUAACAAGGUUGAUGAGAAUGAUCCUUCCACACAACCAAAAGCUAUACAUUAUACGACAGGCGGACCUUGGUUUGAGAUGUGGAAGAAUUGCGAAUUUGCAGAUCUUUGGUUGAGUGAAAUGGAAGCGUAUAAGAAGGAAACAAAGCAAGUUUGAACAGGAUGGAAAGAACUGAAGAACUAGAGUUAGCAGCAGGUGAUGCAGUGGAAUUAUUAGUUCUGCGUUUUAUAUAGAGGUAUUAUUUUUCCGUCUUCAUUUGUUGUAUUUAUUAUUCAAUAUCUCUGCUUGCUGUUUUUAUUGAGGGUGGUACUUCCACUGCUCAGACAAAUUAUCAUGAAAGAACAGAGCGGGCUUUUCACGUAUUCUUCAAUGAUAUGAUAGGCAUCACUUUUACACUUGUUAUGUGCUGUACUAAUAUAAUGUUUCUUCAUUUCUUUGCAUAUUUUUAUGUAAUCAAAGAUUGUUAUUCAGUCAAAUUUAAUUGCCACAGAAGCUUUUUCAUUUGGUUAUGUAAUGUGACAUACUUUAUAUGACUUAAUAAUAUUUAAAACUUAGCUCGAUUUC